CUCUGCCUCUGACGUGUUUUUGUGCCGCCGCCGCUGCUCCGGAAUUGAGUAGUUCCUGCUGCUGGAAUCCAAGCGAGGGGACAGCCUGCUGCCUGUGCAGGGGCCUGGGGGAUAUCUGCAAUGUCCAAGACGAAAGGCCGCGGGAAGAAGAGUGGUCAGCACCAGGCUGUGAUUAGCAAGUUCUUCCGCCCUGUAGUCAGCAAAGAUCAGGCCAAAGGACAGGGGCAAGACAACGCAGCAACAAUCUCCCUCACCUCAGAUGCAGCAGGGCAGCAGGUUGGGUGUUGCCAGAGACCAGUCUGCAGUCAGGAAAAGCAAACACAAGUUGGUCAAGAUGAACCAAAGUCAAAACGAAAGAGACUGGCAAGUGAGGAAGAGAAUGGAAGUGGCGAAAUAGUUGAAAAGGACCAUGAUCAGCCAACAGCACGUAUCCAUGCCAUUGUAUCUUCAUCUACCAUGGAUAGACUAAAGGGAUUUUCAAUUGAUAGUCAGCAAGAACCAUCAGUUACUAAAGGCCCGGGUGUGGAUAUCCAAUUCAAAAGAUUCAAAGAUGCAGAAAAUUGUGAUCUAAACUCUGACAAUAUUUGCACAGAACUGGAUGACCUUGUUCAUCCCAAAGAUGCAGACAGAGACGGAUUGUAUAAGUGUCGCUCUCGAGAAGUUCUAGGUCUGGAUUUGCGACAAUGUUCAGCUCCAAACAAGGGAAACAGUGUGAAGAGCCCUUUCGAAACGGGCAUUGUCAACCGGAGGACAAAAAGCACAUACACUCCACUAGAACUACAAUAUCUGGAGAUCAAAGACCAACACAAGGAUGCAGUGCUGUGUGUGGAGUGUGGAUACAAAUAUAGGUUUUUUGGUGAAGAUGCUGAGAUUGCAGCUCGAGAGCUGAAUAUUUACUGUCACCCAGACCAUAACUUCAUGACUGCCAGCAUACCAGUUCACCGUCUUUUUGUUCAUGUCCGUCGGCUAGUCGCUAAAGGAUACAAGGCAGUCCAACCCAACACUGGUGACGUGGUUUAUGAUUGUUUUCUCGAUUGCAAAUCCAGAUCUGAGCUGGAAAGCCGGAUCCUAUGUCUACAGCCAGUCGAAAUUCUGCUUCCAAUGGAGUUGUCAGAGAACACGGAAAAGCUUCUCGCAAGCAUCACUGCUUCAAGCUUACGUGAUGACAGAAUUCGUGUAGAGCGAAUGGACAGUAUUCACUUUGAAUAUAGUCACGCCUUCCAGGUGACCUCUGAGUUUUACGCACAAAGAGCGCCUGAUGUUUCAGAAUCACAACAGUUGUCCAUAAUAUUAAAUUUGGAGACAUCGGUUGUUUCAUGUUUGGCAGCAGUCAUCAAAUAUCUAUCCGAAUUCAAAUUGGAGAAGGUCCUACAUAAUUUGAGUAAAUUGAGCAAAUUUUCUGAGGACUCCACAUGCAUGUCAAUCAAUGGAACGACCUUGAAGAACUUGGAAAUUUUACAAAACCAGACCACUGGCACAACAAAAGGUAGUCUACUUUGGGUACUUGAUCAUGCCCAGAAUUCCUUUGGGAGACGGCUUCUGAAGAAAUGGGUGGUACAGCCUUUAACGAAAGCAAGUGAAAUUAAUGCUCGAUUGGAUGCCGUCGCUGAAAUUCUGUCAUCAGAAUCCAUUGUCUUGGCAAAGACCCAAAAGCUCCUGUCUAAGCUCCCGGAUCUGGAGAGAGGAAUCUGUAGUAUUUACCACAAGAAGUGUUCCACAUGGGAGUUUUACCAGUUGGUCCACACGUUGUCAGGUUUGGAGGUGGGCUUCCAGGCCCUGCUUCCAGCUGCUGAGGCCCAGUUAAAUUCCUUCCUCCUUCGUAGUAUUUUGUUGGAACUGCCACAGCUGUUGGAUCCUGUGCAUCACUACGUGAAGAUUUUGGAUGAAAGUGCAGCCAAGAUAGGUGAUAAGACGCAGCUCUUUACAGACCUCACUGACUUCCCUGUCAUUCAGCAGCGAAAGCUGGAGAUUCAGGAGGUUCUUUCCCGACUGCAGGGUCAUCGCAGAGAAAUCCGAUUGAUUCUGAAAAAACCGUCUUUAGAUUAUGUGACAGUUUCGGGGCAAGAGUUUCUGAUAGAAGUCAAAAGUUCUCUACUCUCCAUCAUUCCAGCUGAUUGGACACAAAUUUCAAGCACAAAAGCUGUCAUCCGUUUCCAUACCCCAUUCAUCGUGGAGCAGUAUAAGCGCCUGUGCCAACUUCGAGAGCAGCUUGCCCUUGACUGCAAUGCAGAGUGGCAGAAAUUGUUGGAUCAGUUUGGCGAACACUAUCGUGGAAUAAGAAAUGCAAUCAGUCACCUGGCAACCAUUGAUUGCAUCUUUUCAUUGGCAGCAGUUGCUAAGCAAGGAGGAUAUACGAGACCAACUGUGCUGGAAGAACAGAGACAAAUAAUGAUCAAGAAUGGUAGACACCCCAUAAUUGAUGUUCUUAUGGGAGAACAAGAGCAGUAUGUUCCAAAUAGUACUGAACUUCAUGGCGAUGGACAGAGAGUUAUGGUAAUUACUGGGCCCAAUAUGGGAGGAAAGAGUUCUUACAUUAAACAAGUGGCACUGAUUACUAUCAUGGCACAAAUUGGGUCUUAUGUCCCUGCAGAAGAAGCUGUGAUUGGCAUUGUGGAUAACAUUUACACAAGAAUGGGAGCAUCUGACAAUAUCUACAAAGGUCAAAGUACAUUUAUGGAAGAGCUGACAGAGGCUGCUGAGAUCAUUAAAAAAGCAACAUCUCGAUCGUUAAUAAUUUUGGAUGAAUUGGGAAGAGGCACAAGUACUCACGAUGGUAUUGCCAUCGCUUAUGCUACUCUGGAGCACUUUAUUAAAGAUGUGAAAUCCCUGACGCUAUUUGUUACCCAUUACCCCCCAGUGUGUGAGCUGGAGAAACUCUACCCAAAGAAUAUCAGGAAUUAUCACAUGGCCUUCCUGCUCAAUGAGGAAGUUGAUGAACAAAAUGGAUAUGUGGAGGAGUUGCAACCAGAGUUGAUCACUUUUCUGUAUCAACUGACGGAGGGAGCUGCUGAUCGCAGCUAUGGCCUGAAUGUUGCGAAACUAGCAAGUGUCCCUGAAGAAGUGCUGAAGAAAGCUGCUCAGAAAUCGAAGGAGUUGGAAAGCCUAAUGAACAUCAAGAGGAAGAAAAUGAAAUCCUUCUCUGAAGUCUGGAGAAUAGAUGAAGGGAAAGAACUGAUGGACUGGGUGAUGGUGAAUAAGUAGAGAUUAAUUUUUUUUUCUUUUUUUAAAAAUAAAUACAUCGAUAUGCAUUGCUGAUCUCCUCCUUAUGUGUGUUUGGUUUCAGGGGAAACUUGGGGUUUUGCAUCAUACCCAAUGAGAGAAAUACUCAAUUGCACUGACUUUACAAGUUGUUUUUACUCUGUCCCUGCUUUGUCCUUUUUCAGCUUGUUUAUGUUCUCCAUGUAAAUCCUACAAAAUAAGAUAAAUAUAGAUAAGGAAGUACAAUUAACACAUCUUGGCUCAUUCGUCCAGAAAAACUAUUAGGCCCCCUUUCCGUUCAUGCCAUCCAACCAUUUCCUAAAUGACUUAUAAGGCUUUUUUGCCUUUAUUUACACAUCUAUUCCAUUUUCAGUACAUCAAGAAAGUUCUGAGGUCAACGAUAAAUUUCAGCAGUUUGAACAGUGUCCAUUGUCCUAAAUCAUACAAUCUUGACAUGUUUUUAUAACCCAUGGCCAAUUUCAUAAAGGUGUUGCCAGAAUUUAUAUCUUGGAAAGAAUCCCCAGACAUCAGUACAGAGAACACUGUUCAGUUCUGAAUCCAAAUAACAUUUUGUAUUUUUUUGAAACAAGAGAAACUACAGAUUCCUCUUCCCCUCUGCUAGUUUUUUUUUUCUAAAUGCAGUGAAGUUGAAAUUAAGCAAACUUUCAAAAUAAAAUGAUGAGUUGAACUAAAGUUAUACCAUCGUGCUUCCUUUUUUGCUGCUUGUACAGAGAGCUGAGAAGAAAGGACCAUGUGUGAAAACCUGCUGCUUUUUAAUGGGAAGGUUGUGUUUAACUUGUGUAUUUUGUCAGGAAUCAGGGAAAAAAAAAAUCACAUUUGCCUAAAAUCUAAUUGUAAUUCUGUGUUAAGUUAGAAAAAAAAGUAAGAACAAUUUGUAACCAGUGUAAUGUAUUGUAAACCAGAACAAAUAAAUUAUAAUUUCUUUU